CCUUCCUGGCUGCUCCCGGGGGCCCCCCAGGUGCUCCCGGGCUUCUCAGAGUGACCCGCUCCGGGAGCUCCUUCUCGCCUAGCCCCAGCCCCCGGCCUUUCAGUUGCGGUUACAUCUGACCGAGGGGUUCAGAGGACGCUGUCAGGCCGCCAUCUUGUGACCGGACUCAGGAACAGCUUCCUAUUUCCCGGCCUCCACUCCUGACCCUUUUAUUCUCCAGCGUGCAGCACGGUAAUCUUUUACAAACAGAAAUCUGAUCAUGUUAUUCCUGUGCUGCAAUCCCUUUGGCCAGUGGUUUCCGCUGUCCAGGUGCUCCUGCCAGUUUGCCCUCCCCCGGUCAUUGCUUGUUGACUUGCCUCCCCCACUAGACUGUACCGUGUGCAGGGACUGUACACUGUCGUAUUCCCAACACCUGAUGCAGGGAUUGAAUAAACGUCUGUCGAAUGACCAUGAAAGAAAUUUCCCCUCUCGUUCUCCUUUGCUGGGCCCCUGCCCCCAAGCCAGGAUGUUAUCCCCCAGAGUGGUUGUGGGUGAGGACACUCUGUCCCUCUGGCUGCUCUGGCGCUGAUUUUCACCCUGAACUGGUGUUGCCUCUCUCCUUCCUCUUGGCUAACCUCUCUUCCACCAAUAUAAGCCCAAACUAGAGGCCAGUGGGCAGUCAUGUGUUUCAUGGCAGGCCCUGCAGGGAGCUGGAGCCUGGAGCCCCUGGGCCCCCGCAGAACCCUCCAAGGCCUGUGCCUGGUCCUCCUAAUAGUGCUGGUCAUGAUGAGCUUGGUGUUUGGUAAGCUUGUUCCUGUCAAUCAGGAACCCUCUCAACUACAUCAAUUCCCCAAAUACCUGCGCUGCUAUCGAUGCCUCUUGGAGACCGAGGAGUUGGGGUGCCUCCUGGGAUCUGACAUCUGCCUCACCCCGGCUGGCAGCAGCUGCAUCACUCUCCACAUAAAAAACAGCAGUGGUUCUGAUGUCAUGGUGAGCGACUGCCGCCGCAAGGAGCAGAUGAGUGAUUGUUCAUACACCCGCACGUCCCCAGUUUUUGGCUUCUGGAUAUUCUCUCAAUGCUGCUUCCUAGAUUUCUGCAAUGACCCUCAAAACAGAGCACUCUAUACUCCUUAGAACAACUGCAGAGACCUUGGGGUAAAAUCCCACGUUUCUGGCAUUCUCCUGACUUCUAGCUGGGCUCCGCCAGGACAACUUCCAGUCCCUCAUACCAGCCCUCUCUGCCUCCCUUGUCACUGGACCCAAGUCUUACCUCUCUUCCUCUUGGUUGACACCCUUCAACACCCCAAUUCCCAGUCUGUCUCCCUUUGCCCCAACCCAGGCUCCCUCUUUUGCCCCAAGACCCCAGGUAUUCCUCCAAAAUAAACUGGUGUGCAUA